AUAAAAGUGCAGGACCGAGCCGGUGGCUCCCAGAGCGGCCGGGGCGGGCGCGGCGGGAGCCCCCAGCGCAGCGCAGCGGAGCCCAGCGCGGAGCCCACCUGCCCCCGGGGCAGCAUCGCCGGGCUCCUCGCCCCGCACCUCCUUCCCCGCGGACUGAGACCUUGAUACAUACAUAUACAUAACAUAUAUACACACAUUUUUUUCUUAUUUUUUUUUUUUAAAUCCUUCCCCUCGGCUUUUCCUCCAGGACUUUUUCCACCGCCUUGGGACACCCGCAAACUUCUCCCCUCGCUCCCCCUUUCGCCCCCUUUGCUGGUGGUUUUGGGCUUGGUUUGGUUUUGUUUCGCUGUUUUGCUGCUCUGAAUUUUUCUCCCCCCUUUGGAAGACCCGCCUGCCUCUCGCCUCCCGUGCCCCACCGGAGAGGCCGGGAGCGGCUCCGGCGGCGCGGGCAGCACCUCCCCGGCGCACGGCGUGCGAGCCCCGGCGGCGCGGCUUCGGCUCGGCGCGGCACGGCCCGGCUCGGAGCGGCUCCCUGCGGCCCGGCACGGCCCGGCUCGGCUCGGCACGGCUCGCCCCGGGCGCUCGCCCCCGAUAAUGCAGAGCUACAAGUACGAUAAGGCGAUCCCGCCGGAGAGCAAGAAUGGGGGCAGCCCGGCGCUCAACAACAACCCGGCCAAGAGCAGCAGCAAGAAAGCCCUGCUCAUCUGCCUCGACUGCCUCUGCCUCGUCAUGGCUGGGUUGCCCUUCCUCAUCAUUGAAACGAGCACAAUCCAGCCCUACCAGCGGGGCUUCUACUGCGACGACGACAGCAUCAGGUACCCACAGAAGAAUGUGGAGACUAUCAACGAUGCAGUGCUGUGUGCUGCAGGCAUCCUCAUCGCCAUCCUCGCUAUUAUAACAGGAGAGCUCUACCGCAUCCACUACCUGAAGGAGAAAUCCCGCUCCUUUAUCCAGAACCCCUACGUGGCAGCGCUCUACAAGCAAGUGGGCUGCUUUGUUUUCGGCUGCGCCAUCAGCCAGUCCUUCACAGACAUUGCCAAAGUGUCCGUCGGGCGCUUGCGGCCACAUUUCCUGGCAGUUUGUGACGUGGAUUUCUCCGUCAUCAACUGUGCCAAGGGAGUUUACAUCCAGAACUACACCUGCAGGGGAAACGACAGCAGGGUCCAGGAAGCCAGGAAAUCCUUCUUCUCCGGGCACGCGUCCUUCUCCCUGUACACCAUGCUGUAUUUAGUGUUUUAUCUGCAGGCCAGAUUCACAUGGAAGGGAGCCCGCCUGCUCCGUCCCCUCCUCCAGUUCACCCUCAUCAUGAUGGCGUUUUACACCGGCCUGUCCCGCGUGUCAGACCACAAGCACCACCCCACCGACGUGCUGGCAGGCUUUGCACAGGGAGCCCUGGUGGCUUACUGCGUGGUGUUCUACGUCUCAGAUCUCUUCAAGCCCAAGACAAAGACUUGCCUGCCUCCACCGCCCAUCCGGAAGGAGAUCCUUUCACCUGUGGACAUCAUUGAGAGGAAUAACCAUCACAACAUGGUGUAGAACUUCGAGAAACCGGAUGGGUGUUGUAUUUUAUUUUAAACUUUUUUUUUUUUGCAAAAAAAAUGACUGCUGACAGCAACUACCUGCUGCUCUCAAAUCUCAUCAGACAGUAGAAUGUAGGGAGAGACUUUCUUGCCCGACCAGUAAAGUCUUACUCUGUGGUCUUUUCAACUUGCGACAUUUGGAUGAAAGGGGUGGUGGUGGUCAACUAAGGCAAAGGCAACAAUGAGAAAGAAAAAAACCACAAAACACAAAAGCCGAACAAACAAAGAGAGGUGCCGGAGUUCUGGAUGUGCAAUUGGUUUGAGUGUUCAUGUUGUAGUGAACGCCAAAUUGUUCAUAGCCCAAUGAACACUAAGGGGUUUUCGGAAAGCUGGCCAUCCUAGGUUUUUUCUUACUAUGAAGAUUUCCAAUGCUUGCGAGAAAAAAACCAACUCAUGACUAAAUUGUAUAGCACUAUAUGCAAGCAACAGCACUGAGUCAAGAUCUGGGGUUGGUUUAUAAGAGUUGCUUUUUUCUCCUUUUGAUCCUAGCUUAUUUUUGCCUCCUCUGUUCCAUACUGUGACUUAAUUUAGAAGAAGCUUGCCCAGUCCAAGAUCUCCGAAGGGUCUCUGUUCUCUCUGUUCACACUACAUGCCUUUAACGAGCGGCCCUGAGACGCGCAGUGAGGCUGGAGAACUCCCUCCUCCGCGCAGAGAAGCCACAUUUCUUCCUCUCCGCUCGCUCCCUGGUGAGGGUUCAUCCUGUCUGAGCCCCCAACGUGGCCCUUCACGAAAAGAGCAUCCUCCACUUCCCAGCCAUCCCCCUCCCUCAAAAAAUCACGGCAGAUAUUCUGUGUGCCCACGGGAGCUGGCGGUUUGCAAGUGGGUAGCGGCGGCUCUGCCGAAGACUCGUUCGCACUACGACCUCGGGGCUGAGUCCUGGGGAAACUUUUAUUCUGCAGUUUUGGGACGGGCUGCUGGGCGGCACGUCCUGGCCUGGGUGUCAGUCGGUUUGUGCAUCCCCUCCUCCUCCUCUUCCUCCCUUGGGCACCCCGGUGUGCACCAUGGCAGGUACCAGGUCCUGUGCUCCGCUGGGUCACGCUGGUGGUAAAUCAGUUGUGCCGAUACCGAGUGUGAUGACUAAUUUUUUUUUUGCCCAGAAACCACAGGUUCUUGGUUUGCAGCCCUUUCACCAAGCACGUUUGCAAAGGGAUCCCACAAAACAUGCAGAACGGCCAUUUGCACAUCCUUCUUACAGAAUCCGUCCUAUCAUUUCAACUUAUAGCAAGCUAUGAUUUUUUUUAUAUUAUAAAUAUUAUAUAAAUAAUGUAUAAAACCUUAAAAAUUAACUAUGUAAAAUAUUAUUUCUGAAACAAUUUUAGAUAUAUCCACUAUGACUAUAAACUGUGUCCUGACCUGUGUUAUUUACAUUUUGCUGCUUAAAAAAGCAUUGAAUUAAUUUUUUUAUAGUCGACUAAAAUAUUGUAGGUCUGUGGUAGUAAUAUUUUAAUGAAAAUAACUACAAUUAGAGACACUUGUAUAAAAAAUCAUAUUAAAUUGUCUGUAUUUUUGUAAUGUUCCAUUUUGUAAAGAGAAGAAUAUUCAAAGACUUUUGUAGAAUACAAAACUGAAGUUUGUAUCUGCGAAAUUAUUGCUGUAUAAAUGUGCUUUUUAAAUAAAAGCUCAUAACACAACUAAA